GACAACCAUCAAGUUCAGAGCGGUGGUAGGGUAGUCUUACUUGUUCAUGUACUGGAUCCGUGCACUGAGUAUAUCUAUAGACAUCAUUUUUUGUAUUGAAAUCGCUACAUAUACCUCGGACUCGGAUCUUGUGAGUCUGGCAUGCAAGCGUUCCGUGCCAAUUUCUCAGAGAUCCCAAGACUUUCAAGUGGAUGGAGUUCACCGCCAACUCAAUUUGCUCUAUCCAUACGGAGGGCUGGGAGUGCUACUCUUGAGUAAGGUUGCAUUUUGAGUGGGCAGCGCGACAAGGUCCUACAGUUUUCAAGCUUCAAAGGGCGAUGCAGUGCAAACAUCAUCCUUUCUUGUUCGGGGCGCCAGGACCUACUGAGGGCAAGCUCAUUGUCUCUGUCACCGACUCCUCUUGCAUUUUCUCACGUAUAUGCGUGGACUACCGCGUUGAGGUCGGCUCUCUCAUGCUUACUCGCUAAUAAAGAAGGAUCAUCGCGCCUUAAAUGUGCUGAAUAUUUUCCCCAGACUCACCUCGCCGCUCGCACGGGCACGACCGUCAUAUUGGGCGCGAUUAAACGCCGCGGUUAUCUCCAGGCCAGCCGCAGGAUGGCGUGAUGGCCCUGGUAGAUUGGCAACGCCGCGAUGUCACGUAUCCUUCUCGAUGCUGUCGCGCUGCCUGAGACUGUCGCUUGCUCGCCCGCUGCCGGCCACACCAUAGAUUCGUCCGUGCCUGGAAAUUCUUCGUCUUGUCUUGCUGAUUAUUGUCUGUUAUAAAGGCAUAGGAUUCACGGUAGAUCUCCACACUCACUACUCUCUUCGAAGCGAUCAAGAUGGCCGUGAGCGUCGACUUGCUGGUGCUCAUCGGCUUUGCGUGCGAAGCGCUGCUCUAUGGCGCGUACUGCGUACUGUUCCUCACGUCCCUGUACGUCCUUUUUUGGAUGUGGAGGUCCCGCGGCUUCAACACAACGAUCCUUGUGCUCCACUGCCUACUCUUUGUCGCGUGCACUCUGCACUUUGCGCUCGAGUACAAUCAUUUUUAUACUUACCUGAGCGCAAACGGCGUUAACGGCUUCGGCGACGAGGACUACCAUACGUUUAUCGCGGACUGCACUGUCUCGGUCGCGGACUUCCUCGGAGACCUGAUACUAAUAUACAGGUGCUGGAUUAUCUGGAGUGGUAACUACUGGAUCACCGUCCUCCCCUUGCUCUCCUCCGUGGGCGGCCUCAUCUGUUCCGCCGUCGUGGGUCACCUCGUGUGGGGCACGACGGGUGCGACGGUCUCGCCUGCGAUCGUGCCCCUGGGGCUCGCGAGCUUCGUGCUCCCGCUGUGCACGAAUGUGCUCGCGACGGGCCUAAUCGUGGCACGUGUGUGGUGGAUGGGCCGCGGCGGGCGCAUGUACGCGCUAAGCGGCGGGGGUGCGACGCGCAAGGCGAUGCACGUCAUCAUUGAGAGCGGUGCGCUCUACUUCCUCGUCCAGCUUGUCUUCGUCGUCGUCUAUGGCCUCAACGAUCCCAGCGCGGACGUCAUGAUUGCCAUCGCCGUGCAGACCUACGGCAUCGCGUCGACGCUAAUCAUCAUCCACGUCGGUCUGGGCCUCUCCUCGGAGCAGACGACCAAGACCGCGGCCAUAUUAAGCGUCUCCUGGACCAAGCGCUCAAGUAUUGCGUUCAGCGGUGGUGGCGGGGCGAGCAGUACGGCGCAGCAUUCGUCCGGCGACGCUAUCGAACUUCGCGUACACCAAACAUUUAACUUCCACCGGAGCUACAACGGCAAGCCAGCAUCGGCCGGCCGCGCGGGCAGCAGCCUGGAGAGUGUCGGCCGGUACCCACUGGACCAGCUUGUGUAGGAACGGACCAUCAAUUGUAAUUGAACUUGAUAUCUAUGUACAUCUAGUAGUGUCGUAUAACGGAACAAUAACAAAACAGUCCCAAGACGCGC